GAAAUAUUUUGUAUAUAAAAGCAAUUUCCUUCUUGGUUCUAGUUAUCAGUUGACUACAAUACAUUGAGUCGUCUACAACUCUUGGUUUAAUAAACUACGAAAAAACUAAACUAAUUUACAAAAUAAAUCCUUAAAUCUAAAAAUGGCUUUCUUUAAAUCCUUGAUGUGCUUGGCUGUUGUGGGUGUUGCUACCGCUGGUGUCUUACAUGGUGGCCAUGCUGGUCCUGCCUUAUACGCUGCUGCCCCAGCUGUAUAUGGCCAUGGUGCUCACCCCGAUGAGGGUUUGGACUAUCAUUCUUACCCCAAAUAUCACUACAACUAUGGUGUUGCUGAUUCACAUACUGGCGAUGUCAAGUCACAACAUGAAGUACGUGAUGGUGAUGUAGUCAAGGGCUCUUACUCUUUGGUUGAACCUGACGGUUCAGUGCGUACCGUUGAAUAUACCGCUGACGAUCACAAUGGUUUCAACGCUGUUGUACACAAAACAGCCCCCACUGUACAUGCUCAUGCCCCAGUAGUACAUGCUGCUCCCGCUCCAGCAGUCUAUGCUCAUGCUGCACCCGCCGCUUACGCUCAUGCUGGUCCCGCUGUAGCUCAUCAUGUUGCUGCUGCUCCUGCCGUCAACUAUGCCUCUGUGGCGCAUCAUGCCCCAGCUGCUGUUGCUGUUGGUCAUGGUUAUGGUGGUUAUGCUGGACAUGGUGCUCAUGGUCAUUAUAUAUCGAAAAUAAACAUGUCUACCAUCAGCAAAGUGAUCAUCCUUUUUGUAGCCUUAAGUGCCACAGGUGUUUAUGCACGACCAGGUUAUGCUGUGGAUUAUUAUGAUCAUCCCAAAUAUGCUUUUAACUAUGGUGUAGCAGAUCAUACAACCGGUGAUGUCAAAUCUCAACAUGAAACUCGUGAUGGUGAUGUAGUCAAAGGUCAAUAUUCAUUAGUUGAACCUGAUGGCUCCAUACGUACUGUAGACUAUACUGCCGAUCCCAUUAAUGGUUUCAAUGCUGUAGUAACCAAGUCAGGACCCACAGUGCAUGCAGUAGCGAAGCCAGUAGCUAUAGCUCCUAAGCCAGUGGUAGCUUAUCAGCCCGUUGUAAAGCAUGUGGCACCAGCACCUGUUGUAGUAGCCUCUCCAGCUCCUUAUGGCAUUGACACAUAUCGUAUGUUGAAACUAUUUCGACGUCAUGCCAACUACAAUAAUGGUCAAAUACUUAAAUUACGUCCCGAUAGUGAGAAGCAGCAGCAGGCUGUGGGUGUUGUCUAUGAGCAAGAUUAUAAUGAUUAUGGCCAAGGAAUAGAUAGAUCUGAUUAUCAAGGAGAUUAUUAUUGAAUUUCUAUAUAACAUGUUUUUUUCUAAUUCUUUUAAUAAAUUUAUUUAAA